ACAAUAAGAAAAUCCAGUGAUGGCUGCCGUGGCUCAGUUGGAGCCACCAUCUGCUGGAACCCUCGAGCCCUAUACAUGUGUCAGACGGUGGAGGGCCCCAAGACGCUGUUAGACAAAUUGAAACGCAAAAGAAACUUAAAGACCUCACGAAACAUAUGUAUCCACAGCUUAACUACCACCCCCUAGUUCUCCCUAGGCACAGCCCUUACUAGUUAGACCCUCAGACAAUGUCUAUCCUAGAAACCACCUUCUCACUCUUAAACACCCCUAACCCAAUUUUAGCCCAAGAUUGCUGGCUGUGCCUACCCCAACAAGCUCCCCGACCCAUCGCCAUCCCCACCAUAGUUAAUAUUAGCAUAACCAAUGACUGCUUCCCCUCUUCCCUACCUGAACCCUUCCCCGUUCAGUUCAUUAGUCCGUUCAACGCAUCUUGCUUCAUAAGUAACCUUACCUCUCAGAACAACGGCAUAGAUGUAGGAAUCACGUCCCUUGCCCAAUGCCACCAGUACAUCACUAUCAGCUCCUCCCUAUGCAGUACUAACACCACUGUAUUCGUCUGUGGGAAUAACCUAGCCUAUACCUACCUCCCCCAUAAUUGGACUGGAAUAUGUGUCCUGGCCACUCUGUUACCAGAUAUUGACCUGGUUGCAGGGAAGACCCCCAUGCCCAUCCCUAGUCUGGACUUUGUAACUGGCAGAUCCAAGCGAGCUGUGGCUGUAAUCCCCCUCCUAGCGGGCCUAGGAAUUACAGGUGCAGUAACUACUGGGACAGCAGGGUUAGGAGUCUCUAUACACUCCUAUCUGCGACUCUCCCGUCAACUAAUUGAUGAUGUCCAAGCCUUGUCAAGGACAAUCCAAGAUCUGCAAGACCAGCUAGAUUCCCUAGCAGAAGUAGUGUUACAAAAUAGAAGGGGUUUAGACCUACUAACCGCAGAACAAGGUGGCAUCUGUUUAGCCCUACAAGAAAAAUGUUGUUUCUAUGCCAACAAAUCAGGAAUAGUUCGGACCAAAAUUAAACAGCUCCGGGAGGACCUCGCGCGCUGACGAAAAGAACUAGCCGAAAACCUACUUUGGUCAGGGCUCCAUGGGUUUCUUCCCUACCUCCUUCCCCUUUUAGGUCCCCUACUAUGCCUCCUUCUCCUUUUUACUGUCGGCCCCAUUAUAAUUAACAAAAUAAUUAAUUUUGUCAGAGAUAGACUAAACACCGUUCAGGUUAUGGUCCUUAGGCUGCAGUAUCAGCCCCUGGACACGGAAAACGAGCUUGAUUAGCUAACACUGUAGGACCCAAGAUUGGCUCCUCGGGUACUUGAAAAAGGGGGGAAUGAGAAGCCUAAGAAAACUGAAACUUAA